AAGAUGUCAGGACCAGAAUGCUGCUCAAACCCUCCAACACUGGAUUCUACCAGUGGAGAUGGUCAUGUUGACAAUUUCGCUGGUCUUAAUUCACAUGUCACUGGCUCCCCUCACUCCAAUCGCGCCAUUCUUUUCCUCUCUGAUAUUUUUGGAUACGAAGCGCCACUACUAAGGAAGCUUGCAGACAAGGUUGCAGCUGCUGGGUAUUAUGUAGUGGUUCCUGAUUUCUUUAAUGGUGAUCCCAUUGAUCUUGAGGAUGUGAACAGGCCUUUACCUGUGUGGCUAAAAGAUCAUGAACCGGAGAAAGGUUUUGAAGCUGCAAAACCCAUAAUUGAAGCGUUAAAAAGUAAAGGUGCUUCCGCUGUUGGGGCUGUCGGUUUUUGUUGGGGUGCUAUGGCUGUAUGUGAUCUUGGGAAAUCAAGACUUAUAGAAGUUUCCGCGAUAUUACAUCCAGCAUUUAUCAAUGUGGAUCACAUUGAUGGUGUAAACGUUCCAAUUGCUAUACUUGGAGCUGAGUUGGAUACAGUUACUCCUCCGGAACUUGUAAAUCAAUUUGAGCAAGUCCUAAAUGCUAAACCUGAGGUUGAUAGUUAUGUAAAAGUAUUUCCUAAUGUCCCACAUGGUUGGACAACAAGGUACAACCCAGAAGAUCCAGAAGCGGUGAAGUCUGCAGAGGAGGCCCAUCAAAUCUUGUUGGACUGGUUUGAUAAAUAUCUCAAGUGA